GUGGGAGGGGUUGGGGAAAUGCUUCCCCAGCCAUUUGCAGUUUCCUGAUUGACCUCCUGGACUUUGCACAUGUAUCCUGGCACUGUCUCCCCACCAGGUCUGCCUGUUGUCUUCAAGACUGGACAGUAUCCUCCUGAUUGUUUUCUCUGAUUCCAUUCUCUGGGCAUCUCCUGUGCUUUAUCCCUAUACAGCGUUGAUUCAUUCAUUUUUUGAAUCAAAUAUUUACUGAGUAUCUCCAAUAUACCACACACUAUUCUAUCUAAAUAUGUAUGUAGCAGUUCACAAAACAGCCAAGAGUCCCUGUAUUCACGGAGCAUCAGUUCUAGCGAUCAUAUAUUGUAUUCUCUGUUCCUGCACCUAUUUUUUUUUUCUAUCAAACAUGGUGUUCAGCAACAACCACCACAAAACAUGGAGUUCUUGGGGCACAGGGACAGGAUUUGACUCUUUUUUGUGACCCAUGCCCUGGCACUAAGAGAAAACUUGAAUUUGGAACUAAUGAGUAAAUUAUAACCUCCCUAUCCUCUUGGUUUACAUCAUACCCUUUGUGCUGACCCAAGAGGUUGGAGGAAAGGGCACCAAGCCCAGUAACUCUAUUACCACUCAAAUCAAGACCCUGGAGUUUUUAUAAGUUCUGAGGGCUUCUGAUAGGUAGGAGGCAGCUCCAGCUUGUGCCUGGGGUUAGUAACUUGAACUGUAGGUUUCAGGUGACAGCAGCAGCCUCAGCAUCAAUAAUUGAGCGCAGGUCCAGCCUGCCUCACAAUUCUCCCCCCCACUCUCCGUGGACUCCUCCCUCCUGUCCUAUGCGCCGAUCUUCCCCAAGCAGGAGCCUCCAGCCCAGGACCCAGGUAGGGACCAUGUCUCCAGCCAUCGCACUAGCCUUCCUGCCACUGGUGGUUACCUUGCUGGUGCGGUACCGGCACCAUUUCCGACUUCUGGUGCGCAGCAUCUUACUGCGGAGCCUUCGAGACUGCCUGUCAGAGCUGCGGAUUGAGGAGCGGGCCUUCAGCUAUGUGCUCACCCACGCCCUGCCUGGGGACCCUGGUCACAUCCUCACCACCCUGGACCAUUGGAGUAGCCACUGCGAGUACCUGAGCCACAUGGGGCCUGCCAAAGGUCAGAUCCUGAUGCGGCUGGUGGAAGAGAAGGCUCCUGCUUGUGUGCUGGAGCUGGGCACCUACUGCGCAUACUCCACACUGCUUAUUGCCCGUGCCCUGCCCGCUGGGAGUCGCCUUCUCACUGUAGAGCAGGACCCACGUACAGCAGCGGUGGCAGAAAAACUCAUUCGCCUGGCUGGCUUCGAUGAGCGCACGGUAGAACUCAUCGUGGGUAGCUCAGAGGAGGUGAUCCCGCGCCUACGUACCCAGUACCAGCUGAGUCGGGCAGAUUUGGUGCUUCUGGCACACCGGCCUCGAUGCUACCUGCGGGACCUGCAGCUGCUGGAAGCUCAUGCUCUGAUGCCAGCUGGUGCCACUGUGUUGGCUGACCACGUGCUCUUCCCUGGUGCGCCCCGCUUCCUGCAGUACGCCAAGAGCUGUGGCCGCUACCGCUGCCGCCUCCACCAUACUGGCCUCCCAGACUUCCCUGCCAUCAAGGACGGCAUAGCCCAGCUCACCUACGCAGGGCCUGGCUGAGGUCCAGGCCCAGGAGUACUUACUGCUGCCCUACCUUACCCCUACCCAAGCAAGGACCUCAGAACAUUCCUUCCCCUCCCUCCUUGUGGCCUGACAAGUGCUGAGCUCAGGGUUGGGGAGGCUCUUCUCCUACCUCUGCCCCACUCACCUGAAGCAUCAAGGUCUGUCAGGCUGUUUGGUUCCAUUGCUUUCCCUCCUUCCAGAGAAAGCCAUGAACUGACAGGCAAAAGGCCUGAGCUCCCACCCCAGCUUUGUCACUGAUUUGCUGGGUGAUUUCAGGGGAGUCCCUGCCCUGCGCUGAGACUUAAUUUGCUCUCUUAACACCAAGGAAGCUGGCUGGGAGAGUUCCAGGGGCUUCCCAGCUCUGGACCUCAGAAAGCCUGCCCUCCCGAGCCCAUGCCAUUGUGGACAGGAUUAAAAGAAACAGUGAACUCUGAGGUAAUGGCCCUGCAGGAAUGACUGGUGCAAUGGUGCAAGUGGGGCCAGAGGAGAGGGCAAUGCAGCCAGGUCUUCUU